AUGACAGCAGCCCAGCUCGAGUUUAAAAUGAUAUCGAUGGUUAUAACAGAGCUACAAUACGUAUACAGGUGUCCUCCAAGCUAUGUUCUUUUGCACUAUCCAUAUGGCCGGAGUGAAAAGCCUGUGGGAGUUCGCCACAACCGAGGAAAGGAACCUAUUCUGAGCCGGAAUAAUGCUCUGAGACUAAGAAACGCGGGCUUCACCAUCUGUCGCUUGGCGACUAGGGAUUCGAAUCGUACCCACGGCUACCUCUGA